AUGUCUGCUGCUGGAGGUAUCAAUGCCGCACAACUAGCGGCUAUACUUGCUGCUGCCACCACGGGUGGUAACCCCGUGGGUGGGACCAUACAAGUACCUCCCAACAUGGCCGCAACCCUAGCGGCCGGCGUACCCGCACAAGCUCCCCACAUGCCAACCAUGGAGCAAGCAUUGCUAUUAGCGCAGUCUCUGAACGGCAUUCCUCUGCCGCAAGGCCACGCGCAACCGCCAUGGCCGGCCCUCGCACACCUCUUUCAACCUCUGGCUCAACCUCAACCUCUAGCUCAACCUGAGCCGCAGAAGGAAGCAAGAGAUCCCCUUGUGGAGAAGGAGAUGGUGUACCGUGAUGCACGGUCUGAGCAGUUGGACAAGACGUUGGUACACUUCUUGCGCGCUGCCCGCAGCGCGGACAUGACUAGGUUCGCUAUUCUUGAGACUAUGGAUGGCCGCCAUGGUAGGUCAACUGAGUGGUGGAAGAACUACUAUCUCACGUUCACUGAUGAGAUUGAGCGUCUGGUCGUGUCCAGUUCAAAGGGCGACGACUUUGAUGGCCCACGUAGGAAUCGCGGUACUAACGACAAGCCCUCGAGCUCUGCAUCUCGCCCGACUGUUUCAGUAGGGCAGAAGCGCAAAGCGCGCCCCUCAUCCCCUUCGCCUUCGCCAUCGGAACCCGAAGUUAUCGAGGUUUCAACCGGCCGUCACGCGCCUGUCUCGCGUGGAUCCUCAGGCCGAACCCCCAAGGCGCCUCGGCGUUCUAUGAAUCAGAACGACGUAGACGGAGAUUUCGAGUACUCGCCGUCCGGCUCGGGCGGCCGCAGCGCGUAUAACCUCACCAUCCCCACAACACUACCCAAGCAGGCUCCUUCAGCGCCAACAACUCGUAUACCCUGUGCCAGGGGCUACGUCUUCACUGACGAGGACCUCGCAUACUUCGUGGAUGUAGUUCUCUGGCACGCCAAGUCUGUACCAGACACAGGCAAGAAGACCAUUUGCUCCGCCCUCGCCAAAGAGGCUAGCCAUCACUCCUACGCGUCUUGGGAUACGUUUUAUGGUCGUGUCAGGGGUCAGGAUGUUCUGAGUGAAGGACUUCGCAUGGUUGAGCGGGAGAGAAAUAAACAGGGAUGA